UAGAAAGAGUUGGAAGCUGGCAAAAUUGUCACGAAAGGAGAGACUGGAAGGGCUGACUCAUUAGAGGGAGAGCAAGUGGGAGUACGGAGUAAGAUGUAUAUAAACUUAUAUGUGACAGUUUGUCCUGAUUUGUAAACGUUCACUUGAAGCUCAAGAAAAGUUAAUAAAAAAAAAAAAAAAAAGCAAAACAAAACCAAAAAAAUCACUUGAAGGUUUAAUUUUUGUUAUACAUAUGUAGUUUGUGAAUUUUAAAUAAUAAAUCUUUAGUUUGUAUUUUUGUGUUAGAUGCUAUGAAUGAAGAUGGAAACAGUUGACGGAAACAAAAAAUAAAAACUUAAUACUCAUAAUUGACAACAUUAAGUAUUUAUAAAAGAAAGUUAAGUUCUAUGUCUGUGUUGAAUAAAGUAAAAAUUAUAGAUGGGAAAACUGAAGUUGGGGACAGAGGAGAUCCUGAGAGUAAAAUCUCUGUGAAAUAGUCAAGAUUCCUGGGAGAACUUCAGGUUUAACAAAAGCUAUGAGAUUGAGGGUGCUGCAGCCUAAAUCUCUUAAAGGAUAAAGGGAACCAGGUAAUAUACGGCUUACAGGUGUAAUGAAUAGAAAAUUGCACUGGAGGUCUACUAAGACAGGAUGAGAAGGUGGAGUUGAAAGGCCCAGAGAAAGAUAGAUCUAGAAGGCCCAAAAGGGUGGACGGAUAUGCUGGGCUGGAUGGUGAUGGGAGAGACUCUGGGUCAGCCUCCUCUUGCUAUCCCCAUCCCCACCCUCAGGAGCCCUUUGUGAUGAGGCCACAGCUCUCUGAUGCAGGCCAGGAUUUAUAAGCCAGAGUGUGCUCAAGGUGCUCAGUUGCCUAAGAGCAACAGUGCCUUUCAGAUAAUGGAGAAUUACCUCUGUCCUCUGAAAAGCUUUAGUGCUACAUGGUUGAGCUCCAGCUCCACUUCCUGGAUCCUUGAAGCCAUCGUGGGCUUCCUAUGUGGAGUGGGGCUCUUCCUCCUGUUACUCCCCUACCUCCAGAGCAAUCCACCUUUACCACCACCUGAGAAAAAUAUAAACAUCAAAAAGGCCGAAGACUGGAUUACUGCGAGUUUGGGAUCCCUGCGGGAGGACACAGCCCUCAAUAUUGGUUCAUCAGUUGCCUUCCGGGGCAGGUGUCUCUGGGCAAAGACCUCCCUUUGUGUCUGGGCCGAUCUGGCGAGCCGUGCUGAGCCCCUGAGAGCCUCUGAUCAGGGGCCAGAGCCAAGCUCUGGCCUCCGAAAGGCUUAUCUGACAGAGCACAGAGGCAUGUCCUCACAUGGAGACAAAGAGGAGGAGCAGGAAGAACAAAAGGAAGACGGAGAAAGCCUCCUGGGAAAGCGGCCCGACGAGGGCAGCUUUCAUCAGCGGAAACGUGGAGAACCUUUUGGUCCGGUGCGCAAAAGAGCGCUUGCUGAAGCCCGUCGUCGGCAGUGCGCAGAGCCCGCGGAAAGUGCUGCUUCCGUGGUGUCCCCCUGCUCUGCCAGGGCGCCUCCGACCCGGCCCCCUCGUCAUCUGGCCUCCGCCGCUUCAGCAAAACCUCCAGAAGAUCUAUGCGACUUGAAGACCGAGGACUCUUCUGGCUGGAUAACUGAAGACUGGACAACUGACGACUCUUCUGACAGGAAGACCGCCCCAGAGAGUUAUUCAGGUAACUCGUAUGUUUUGGCGUCUUCUGUCCCAGAAAUCACAGGCCUUGGUUGCUCAAGUCAACCCAUUUCGGCCCUCUUCUGGUGGUGGGCGGCUGCCAAGGCCUUUUGGAUUCCCACCUGGAAACACUGCGAAUCCCAGCAAGAGCAUACUUCUGAACACCCAUCAAAGCCCGCUUCCUGGGGAGGUCGCACAGACGGGAGCACAGAAGCUGGGAGUCCUUCUGUCCCUAACCCUGAUGUCCACAAGCUCUUGGAAAUAGAAAUCGCAAAGAGAGUGGAAUUGGAGCUUUCGAAAGAAAAAGAAAAGGAUGGAUCGUUUAACAAACAUGUGAGCCCAGACUAUCACCUGAAUUCUUGGGGGACUUUAAAAUCACUCAGUCAUGAGCAGACCACCACAGUCCCCUGGCCAUACUGGAGCAAACCAGAGCAGCUGUCCAGUCCUCAGGAGCUCAUAUAUCCCAAGGCCUCGGGGGACCAUUUCCAUCAGAAAUGUAACCAGCUCUUCUGGGGCCUCCCCUCUCUGCACAGUGAAUCCCUGCUGCCUACUGCCUGGGUCUCUGGGAGCUCUUCCCCACUACAGUCUCCCCCUGUUUUAUUCAACAGAAUUUCUAGUGCCUGCCCAGUUCAAGUAUCCUCAGUGUGCUCCCAGCCCCAGCCCUUGCCCCACCCUAAGGACCAACCCCAGGCCCCACCUCUGGCCCCAGUCCUCACCCAGACCCCUCUCCUAUCCUCUUUCCAAAUCCCACCACCAGCUUCUACAGACCAGGUUAGGGCCUAUGAAGUAUCUUGCCCUAGUUCCCAAACUGAAACACAAUCUCUCACCUCGACUGAAAUUCAACACCUAGAAUCACCCUUGUCGCAGAAGCAACUGAAAAGUGGGAGGGCUUUACCCUCUGUGGCGAAAGGGUCUCAGAGAGCAUUCAGUCCUUUCAGUCCCAGCCUUCCCCAGGACGGCAGGGCCUCUGAGGCCUACAAGUCAGACUCCAUCAUUCCUGGGGAUGUUCGUAGCAGAACUGAGCUCCAGAAACAAACGGAACAAUACAUUCAAAAGAGGCUCACCCAACACAAGCAGAGUCUGCCCAGCAGGAUCCAAGUGUCUCUGGAACGGGCAAAACCUUGGGGAGAAUUACCAAGGACAGCUAAGAAACAGCUGGAAAAGACCCUGGAAGUCCCUGGGUGCAGAGAGUUGGGGCAGAUUAUGGAGGGUCAGAGUCCCUUACGUGUAAGCCAUUCCUGGCUUGCUGCCAACCAUACUUUGCCCAAGUCUGAUACUCAACAGGCACACCACGAGAGCACCACCCAAGAGUUUUCAUUCCUCACUCCGAGCACAUGGAAGGCCCCGGAGGCACAUAUUAAAAGAUUUGUGAGGCACAAGUGGGACCUAUCUGUUCAGGCGGGUGAGCCGAUGAAUCUCAAUUUGAGUGAGACUCAGUCAUCACCACCUUCCAUGUAUGGAUUUCACUCCUCACCUUCUCAUGAAUCUUGGACCUGCUCAAGAGCUAAGACUGCCAGUAUCCAGAGAGAAAACGCACAGGCAGGCAGGGGAGAGAAGGCUACACCCAAAAUGGCCAAAAAGACCAGGGAGGCAGCAGUGGCCAAAGGGUCCUAUGCACCACAGCUGCAAGAUAGAGGCAUCUCGGAAACUAGUGUGCUGGCAAAAUCCCAAACCAUAAAUGUGGAUUUGGGCGGCUUAGAGGCUCCAGGGACUAGUAAAAGCCCCUCGCCUCCUAGAAUGUCUGUUCAGGAUCCAGUACUUAGUGAAGAGAUCAAAAGGGAAUUGGAGACAGCAAACCAGCCUCAAGGCUGUCCCGCUGGCGUGCUCCUUCGGGACCAUGCCACCAAAAUGAUUCUUCAACACUGUGCCACUGAUGUGCUUCUUGUCUCGGAUAUCGUGGCUUCUCAGUCCUCUCACUCCCAUCUGAAGCGUGUGUCCAGUAGGGACAUGCCAGCAUCAAAAGUGCUAAAUGAGUUUAUGGCAGCCGGAGGGAGCAGCCUGGGGCAGCAGGAUCCCAAGACCCCAAAACUUCAAGAUCCAUGGAGGAGUCAGAGCAAGAUUUCUGCCCCCAGCGAUGAGACAACGGAUGUGAGGAGGCGGAAAACAGAAGUGUGUGAAGAAGGGUUGGCAAGAUCAAGGGCCUCCCCAGCGAGUGGGAUGAGCCAGCCUGGCCAGGAUAAGCGGUCGGUAGAGUCCCUUGGCAUCACAUCCCCCCAGCUCUCAGCAGAGAAGGGACAUGCCCCUCCAGAAGGCCACUUCAAAAAAAGGAUGAGUAGCUUCAUUCAAAGCAUUGGCCCUAAUACGAAGGGCAAAGGGUGGGGUGAUCCCCUGCAAAAAGGAAAGCCAGCUUCAGCCUCUGCCCAGAGCCACGGACCAGUCAAAAGCAGAUCAGUUUUUAUGGACAGGGGAGCCACAGAGGCUCAGACACUUAUGACAGCUGUUGGCCAGAUCUUAACAGAGAAAUUAAGGCUUCAGCAAGAACUAUAUGCCUCAAAGUUAAAUCAGCCAACAGAGGCAAUCCAGGAAAGUCAGGACUCGGUUGGUGGGCAUGCAUCCUACCACAAGGCUCCCUCUUUCCCAGAGCACAGGAGAGAACUGAGUGGUACGGGCUGCCAUCACCAAGCCAUCCCUGAGGGCCAGAGUCCUAUCGGGAACAAAGGGACCCAUGACGGACGCACAAAUCCCUACACGAUGGUGAAAUUCAAAAUCGGUGUUCGGCCACUGCCUUCUCAGGGGAAUGUAUCCCCAAUCAGUCCUUGCCAGUAUAUGUCAAGGCUUGAGGCCCAACUAGAGGGGCAUCAUUCCCAAGGUGGAGAUUUCCGCUCCAGGAGGUGCCACGAUAUAGAUGAUGAUGGAGGGCCUCCUGCGGUUCCACAACACCAAGUCCUGUCCUCCACAUCUCGGUCAGGACACCAGGGCCCCAGAGCCCAGCUGCUGGUACCAUCAAGUUCUCCCUACAGCCAGGUGCUGCCCCUGGGCCCUGAUUCCGAAGCAGCCUCCAGAGUGGGUGCAACAGUGAGGGCAGAGCCUGCAUCUGCAGGAGGGCCCGGGGGCCUCUGA